AUGGAUUUUCCUAUGCGAGCCAUUGAGUGUAUUAUUUACUUGGGCAUGCUGGUUGUUGGCCUCAUUGGUAAUGGUGUACUCCUGCACGCUGCUCGGCAAUCUAUGGCUGACCGACGAAGGACUUCCUGCAUGAUGCUCUUUUUUGUUGCCAUUGUUCAUCUGUGCAGAAUAAUGGUGGUGAAUAUACUGAGCGUUUUUUAUAGUGUCGGAGGUGUUAUCAUUUUUAACAUGGUUGGUUGCAAAGUAUUUAAGUUUACAUCUGCUUUAACUAUGAUGCUCGCUAUUUGGUUUACUCUAUAUGUGGCUAUCUUUUACUUAAUCAGACUUGACAGAGUAGUGCAUCCUUUGCCAUUGUCAGUCCCUAGAAACCAACAAACAAAUAAUUUCACUGGAAUGCUAAUACUAUGGGCUACAGGACUUAUAGUGAGCUGCCCUCUUUUGGUGUUCACCGAUAUGAGCAAUAUCCAAUCGAAUGCCACUUACCCUUUUCUAAGUCAGGUCUAUACUGGAUGUAAUGUUAACUAUGGGAGCUCAAUUGUAUAUCGGAUUUAUGGACUGGCUAUUUUAACCUCAGUGGAUGCGGUACCAUUGGUAGCUCUCUUGCUUGUCAGCAUUCGCAUUGUUCUACUUCUCAGAGAACGUCAGACUGCACCGUUUGGAGGAAUUUGGAUGGGUGAAGAUGCAAUUGAAAGAGAAAUUGUUUAUGCUUCUAAACUGAUUCUGCCCCUCACUGUACUGCUGACCAGCCUGUGGGUUUCACAUUUUACUUUGCUGGAAGUCGUAGAUGAACUGGCUUCUUAUAGUUUUCUGCCAGCGUUGCUUGCUGCACUGUCUUCUGCCUAUUCUGCUUUCAGUCCCUACAUUUUCCUUGCAAUUAACUACAAAGUACGAGAAUGUUUAAAAUCCUUAUGUUUUCCACCACAGUCUCAAAGCUGGAUUGACGUGUCCGCAAUUUCUCCCUAUCAUUUCUAA